GGCGGGUGUUAUAUCACCCUUCCCACGCUGCCUGUGAGGUGCAAACGCCACAGACAUGGUGAUACUCUCAGGGAAUUUAAGUGAGCAAGAGCAUAAAAAUCAGAAAGUAGCUAACACACUUAACAAAUCGGUAGAACUCAGAUCAAACAGUACAGAAUAGGAUGCAAUGUCGUAGUGAAAUGGUCCGUUUCGGGGGUGGAUGCAGAACGUUAGAAAACACUAUUGGGAACUAAAAUUUAUUUUUAUGGUACAAAAAGAUUUAAUUUUACACAUAAAUUUGAUAAAUGUUAUCAAAGUGUCGACAAACGUGAAUAAAUUGUUCAAUAUACCACCAUUUUAGCUUCCUCUUGUUACAUUAACCACCUUAUGCAUGUAAUGGAACAGUCCAGAUUUAGUCCAAAGCCACUGAAAAUGGAACGCUCGAAAAAAGGGGGGCAUCCCAAAACCUUUCACUCAUUUUCAUUAAUUAUUAAUAACGAUUUAAAAUGCUGUUUGAAGCAUUAUUAGUCUGUAACAAAAGAUAUUUGACCAAGUUGCACGUUUUCACGCUUAAAUACACUGAUACAUACAUGUUUUUACAUUGCCAAGCCACCAUGAAUGGUAGCUAGUGAGUAAUUAAACGACUGUUUGCAAUGGAGUGAGGAACUCGGGUAGUACUAUUUUUUUUUUUUUUACUAUUAUCACCUUAAAAAAUAAAGUUUUAUUUUUUUUGCAUACAACUCAACUAAUAUUUUACUCGUUUUUGUAUCAACUUAGUUCUCAUUAACCCUUGAUUUGGUAUCGCCAGGGUCAGAGGUGACGCGCCUGCGCUCUAUUCAACACUCGUUAGCUUUACAUCCAGAGCGUCUCGCUGCUAACUAGCUGAAUCAUUUCACAAAAGUCUUCUCUUUUUCUCCUGAUUGUACGUGUUUAAAGUGCAAUGGCGGCACGAUACGACAGGGCCAUCACCGUGUUUUCUCCCGAUGGCCAUUUGUUCCAAGUGGAGUAUGCACAGGAGGCCGUAAAGAAAGGUUCAACAGCGGUGAGUCCCAGAAAGAAACUAAUGCUGAAGCUAACUUCAGUUAGCCACUCAGCUAGCAUGCAGUGGACACUUUAUAGCUCAUGUUAUUCUUCCAGUUUCUCUGUAACUCAUUCUGUUACAUUUAAAAAGUGUGAUAUUGCUACCCUCUUCGAUUGACGGUCGAUAACUUCCACGAAUAAUGUAAGAAACGUAAAUUUAAUGUAGUCACCAGUAAGCAUUUUGUCGCUGUGUCACCCUCAUUAGUUUCAGUUUCAGUGUUGAUCUUACUGCUACAUGUUGGCCGGUUUAAGUUCUCUCCUGUGUGGUCAUUUUCAUUAAGUUUAAAUUGUUAUUGUGUGAAUUGUUGGAGUCAGGGUCCUUCUUCUUCUUAAAUGUUUUCGUAACUUAACUCAAAGCUGUCGUGAGAACACAUGAAACACGACCGAUCUGUAUAGUUUUGUGUGCAGAAUCCUCUGAAAUCCAACACAUUAUGAAACUUUUACCUCUAAGUGUAUUUGAUAUUUUGUUUUUUUUCCCUUGGUGUUGAAAACAGUGAUGUUUAUACAUAGUUCUUGUGCUUUAAAUAUAUAUUGCUCCAGCCAAACAGCUACUCCAAAUCCGCAGCCUUGCACUGUACUGUCCUACCGUUUGUUUCUGUAUCAGCUGUUUUCCCUCCUUUACAUCCUUGCUAACAUUAUGAGAGGACCAAACUGUCUUGGCUUAACUUUUGACAGGUACAUUUAAUUCUGCCAAACUGCUUGUCAUUAAAUUUUGGACUAUUAUCCAUGCCAAAGCACUGAGCAAAAAGGCACACAUGUAUUUAAAACAAGUUGUCUCUGGAAUUGCAAUUUCCAACUUUUAGCGAGCUGAUCAGUGUUUCCCCUCGCCAUACCAACAGUUACAGUUGUGGUCACAAAAAAUGGUUGAUUCUGCACGAUGCUAAUAUGCAGUAACUAAUGUAUUUGAUAUUUGAUUCUCUGCAGGUUGGAAUCAGAGGAAAAGACAUUGUUGUCCUUGGUGUUGAGAAGAAAUCGGUCGCAAAGUUGCAGGAGGAAAGGACUGUGCGCAAGAUAUGUGCCCUGGAUGAGCAUGUCUGCAUGGCUUUUGCAGGUACUUCACUCAUCACUCCACUGCACUCCUCAUCAUUGCACUACUAUGUUACAUAAUAUAUAAACUAAAUUUCUUCUAAAUUCUAACAUUACUACUUUCUAACAUUUCAUGUUUAGUGUUUGUUAAUAUAGAGCAAAGUUUACCUGAGUCAAAUUCCUUGUAUAUGUAUGUACACAUACUUGGCCAAUAAAGCUGAUUUUGAUUCAUCAAUAAAUAAUUUUGCAACAUGGCAUGGUUAACUUGUCAGUUGUCACAAAAUGCUACGUUCUCCAACCUGUAUACCUAGUUUACCUCUUUCGACUGUGUCACAGGUUUGACUGCAGAUGCCCGCAUCGUCAUAAACAGAGCUCGGGUUGAGUGCCAGAGCCACAGGCUAACUGUUGAGGACCCAGUCACAGUGGAGUACAUCACACGCUACAUAGCUACUCUGAAACAGGUACUCUACCCUCUCACAAUUCAUUGAUGUUGCUCUACAUAAGUACUAUAUUUGCUAGAUGUUCCCAACUAAUCUGAAAUAAGGAAAUUGUAAAGAAAAAAAUAUAUAGAUGAUGGGCUUUGCUGCAAAAAGCUUCAACACUGAUCACAAAGCAGUCAUGGUCAAAAAUAAUUUACAACUAUUUGUCUAAACCAUAUGUGUGAGUUUAUAUUUGAUAAUUAUUUGCAAAAAGGAUCAGUCACAUCAGUCGGUUUUAUUUGUAGCGGUACACUCAAAGCAACGGGCGCAGGCCAUUUGGCAUCUCUGCGUUAAUUGUCGGCUUUGACUAUGAUGGGACUCCCAGGCUGUAUCAGACAGACCCAUCAGGAACCUACCACGCCUGGAAGGUAAGUUAGUUUCUAUUUUAUUGUGACUUUCUUUCUUUUUUUUUUCUUUUUUUUUGUUGCACUUGUCAGUCUUAAAAUCGAUCACUAAAUUUUUUUUGUCCUUUGAAAAAUCAGGCAAACGCAAUCGGCCGCAGCGCGAAAACUGUGAGGGAGUUCCUGGAGAAGAAUUACACAGAUGAAGCCAUCGCAGGGGACAAUGAGGCAAUCAAGCUGGCUAUCAAAGCUUUGCUUGAGGUAAGGUCAAAUUAAGUGUUUGCAUGGACUUAUAUUUAGUAACAUGUAAACUUUUGUCAUUACACAUGCACAGUUGCAGAGGCCGAAUUGAACAUACAAAAAACUAGCUAGGGUAUUUGUCAUGUGUGUAGAUCUACUACAGCUUAGAUUUAAUGCAGUCUUGAGAUAGUCUUGACUUUAGCGGAGAGUAGUAACUACUGCCACAUGUAAACCAUAACGGUAUCUGCUAUAAUUGUGUGUUUUUUGUCUCUGAAAGUUGUCGUUAUGUGUCGGCAAAGUAUGAUGUGCAGAAAUCAGACGGGAUCAUUCUUCAUGAACUGUUAUCUGUCUCAAGAGGCAAACAUUUGUGUUUUGUUAUGCUCAGCAGUUUCUUUUAUAAAGGCGUGUUAAGCUUCUGACUUGUUUUUUUAGCUCUAAAAAUCUAAAAUUUCUGAAAAGCUCACAUUUUUCAAGGACUCCUUCCUCUGUUUAUUCCUCUAAUUACCUCUGAAACCUUGUCUUAAUUUGUUUUGUCGCAGGUUGUCCAGUCAGGAGGCAAAAAUAUUGAACUUGCUGUUAUCAGAAGAAACCAGCCACUCAAGGUAAUUUGUUACGAGUUAUAUUUGACCUUUGUGUUUUGUGUAAUUUUUUUUCAUUGAACUCUCAUAAUUGCUUUAUUUACUUUUGCAGAUUUUGGAAUCCAAGGAAAUCGAGACCCUGGUGGCUGAGAUUGAGAAGGAAAAAGAAGAAGAGGCAGAGAAGAAGAAACAGAAAAAAUCAACUUAAAGCAGUUAACUAAGGGUUUUUCUUUAUUGCACUUGGAUUACAAUAGCAUAUUUGGGUUGGAAAUGUAUGUUUUCAAGAGUUGAAUUCUCUUACGUCAUUGUUGAGAGCUAAAUCAUAACUUGAGAUCUAUUGAUGCUGUCAAAGGAUUCUGCUCAGAUUGUUUAGAUCCAAUACUUCCAGCAAUUGAUUUCACUGAUGGUAGAAAAGCACACGCAUAGUCUCAAGUUAUGGUUUAGAUCUUUGACCACACAUACAAGAUGUUUUUUAUAUAACACCAAACAGCUCUGAUGGUGAAAAAUCACUUUGCAAUGUUCAAAAACAUAUUGAAAGUAAAUACUCAAUAAAAGGUGACAUGUUUGUAAAAUACUUA